AUGGUCCAAGCAACGGGUGAAGAGCGCGCUGUACACCUGGCACGAGAGGCUGUCGAGUUGGUCGACGCCGGCCACCGCGAGGCGGCCUCACGAAACCUCCGAGAGGCUCUUUCCAUUGCUUCCGAUAACCCCGAAGUCAAAGCCGCCUUCCUCAAAAUUCAGCAAGAGGAAGAGAUUGGCCACCCACUGCUAGGUCUCUGCCGCCGUUACACUACCCGCAAAGAUGACUCCAUCGGAAAGGAGGCAGCGGCUUACCUCCGCACGGACGGCCUGAAACCGCCGGAGAAUGUGGCACUGGAAUCUCUGAAGCUGCUCCUGGCAGAACCAGCACAUGCCCUCACCGAGACGCAGGAUGAGAUCAUUUCUGGGCUCGUGCGACAGAGCGCCAGCGUGCGCCAAUACUUCUCAACCCAACUCCAGGUUUCGGUCACGACUUUUUUUGACGAGAUCUACGAUCGAGGCGAUGGGGCAGCAGUGUGUCUGGACACCGUGGUGCUGGACCCCAGCGUCUGGCCAUCGGAGGGCACCCGGACACACUGCGAAGAUGAAUUGUUCCAGCUCUUCUUGGCUAAGCUGAUGGAAUCCGGCCAUGACCUGGAUGGUCGUUCUUUGAAGGGAAUCACCCGGCUACUCGCCGUGGACGCCGAGCGUCUCCAAAAGUUCUUUGAUGAUGAAGGAUUUGAGGUCAUCCUGACUUCGCUGGACUAUCGAUUACCACUGGAGCUGCGCAGUCAAGCCACCCUGGCGACGGCAAAGUAUCUGGAGGUCUCGAAGGAUGCAGGCGCAAAGAAAUUCUCCACGCUGAUCUCGGCGAUGAUCGCCAAAGGCCGCCUCGACGAUCUGAUUAUUGCUUUUUCGGCCGUGGCUGCGGUCUUCCCUGUCGCGCCCUCUGCAGCUGCCGGCGUCUUCUUGUCGGAUGAGUUUAUGAACGCAUUGACCCCGUUGGCGACGCGAGAGGCCAAGCGCAGGAAGGUGGAGGUGUCGAUGUUGGAGCUGUUGAAUGCAGCCUGUGUCAACCGCCCUUCUCGGGAAGCAAUUUCAAAGAACUUUUCUGAGUGGCUUUCACACACCUUGACAAAUGGAAGCGAUGAGGGCUCCGAAUUGGCAGCUGUGGUUCUAGCCAAGAUUCGGGCAUCCGAGCCCACUAAGCCCGAGGAGAACGGUAAGAUCCAGGAGGAAGACACCGUCUCUGAGUUGGUGGAACGAUUCAAGGGACUGAUGUCUGAAUCCAAGGUCGAAAACAUCUCGCACGCCAUUGAAGGACUGGCCUACUCUUCCGUCAAGCCUUUCGUGAAGGAGCAACUGACUAAAGAUCCGACAUUUACACGGGACUUGGUUGCGGUGUUGAAGAAGCAUACCCGUGAUUCAUCUUUGCUUUACGGCGGCUUGAUGACGAUUGUGAACCUCACAAAGUUCCUCCCAAACCUCUCCGACGAACAGAAGAAGAUGGGCCAAUUGAAGGAUUACGCGGAUGCUUCGACGGGCAAAGCCACGGCGAAGGCUGGCCCAGACCCUCUUGACCAAGACGACGUGGUGCUUGCUCGAUGUGGUGUUGUUAUUGACGCUGGGGUCAUGCCUCUUCUUGUGGAAUGCGGCCGACUUGCUAUGCCUGCCGUCCACGAUCUUACAGCCAAGAUCAUCCUGGCCCUGGCACGGGUUCAGAAGUCACGCGGUGCCCUCGCCCAACAGGGCGCCGUGAAGCUGUUGCUCAGCUUGACGAUCCCGAAACAAGGUAGCCCUACCAUCGCCUCCGAGACAAUCCACAAUGCGUCUCAUGCACUAGCCCGAAUUCUUAUCUCCGUCGAUCCUUCACACGUUUUCCCGUCGUCCGGGUUCCCUCAAGUCACGACCGCUGUACGACCUUUGCUCUCCCUUCUGUCUUCCCCUGAGCCGGCAACCUUCUCAGUGGACCAGCCUCGUGAUCUCCUUCCCGUUUUCGAGAGUCUGCUUGCUCUGACGAAUCUUGCCUCCUAUCCACAUGACGGUUCGCCGGCCGAACUCACCGUUCGGGAAGGUUGGUUCGCGGUGGAAGAUCUCCUUCUGUCCAGUAAUCCUCGUGUGCAGCGGGCUGCGUGCGAAUUGGUUUGCAACCUGAUGACCUGUGAGUCCGGCAUUGUCAAAUUUGCCGAUGGCUCCAAGCGGGCUGCACAGCGACUUCACAUUCUCCUGGCACUGACUGAUGCCGAUGAUUUUCCGACUCGACGAGCCGCCGGUGGCGCGAUUGCUAUGCUGACGGAAUAUGACGCGGCUGUGGCGGCUGUCCUCGACCGACCCCGCGGGGUCGAUCUUUUACUGGGUCUGUGCCAGGAGGAUGAUGAUGCACUCGUCCACCGCGGCGUCGCCUCGGUGCGCAAUCUGACCCUUGCGUCGUCCGGUGACAUCGGAACCCGGGCAAAGGCUGCCGUCCACGCAGCUGGGGGUAUCGAUAUUUUGACCGCGUGCCUCAAGAAAACCAAGAACCCGGCCGUGUUACAGGCCGGGGUGGAGGCACUCAAGCCACUAGUUGCAGAUCAGCAGUAG